AUGAGGAGGUUAUUGCACGCUAUGACACUGUGCGGACUGAGUACUCGGAUCCCAAACCGAUCUACUGCUCGAACCAGGUCUGCAGUCGCCAUAUCCCACCAGACACAGCUCCAAACACGGGACAAUUCGUCUUCUGCGGCGACUGUAAGACCGAAACAUGUGGCACAUGCAAACAAGGGCGUGGUAAACAUUGUGGUGCUGCUGGAACCAUUUGCCCUUCCCUGGAGCAAUUGCUCGGCGAGGAAAACCACAGCCUUGUCCAAACCCGGCGCUGGAAGCAAUGUCCUGGCUGCCAAAAUGUAG